GUUUGAUGUGUCUGCUGUUUAUCCCAACCAGAAGAAGUUAAGCACCUUCACAGAGGCCCCGUACUCCAGGCAUCAUUCUGUGGAACAGUCCCAUAUAGGACCUGGGACCUAUAACUCCAAGGAUACCUGCUUCAGCAAGAAGUUUCUGGAACAGAAGUUGGGCUCAGGCUGGGCUCGGGCCCAGGAAGCCACUCGACUAACCCAGCUACCCCACUUCCAGUACCAAAGUAUCAUGAAGGAAAGACAGCAACAGGUGCACAAGCUGGGACCUGGCUCUUACAACUUCAAAGACUUCUUAACCCAAAUGCAGCAGAAACCACAGAGCAAGCGGGGGCUGCUCAGCUCUGGGGAGAUGCGCUUCCGAGGACUCAUCGGG